CGGAUGAAUAUAUCAAAGUAUCAUCGUUUCUGUUGCUAAUGUUUCGUUCUUUUUAUAUCUAGCUCUUCAAACGUGCUCCUGUUUCGUCGACAUUUCACUCACACCAAAAUUUCAUCACCGCCUGUUACCUUAGUCUAGCUCACAACCUCACUCAACCUCGGCCGCCCAGACCUUGGCACUCUCCGCUGAUGCUUGGCUGGCCUUUGGCCCCUCCCAACCCGGUUUCUUGAGAAAAGGAGCUGUUAAAAAGGUCAUCAUUUCGCGCGCGCUCGACCAAUUCUUGUCUUGACUUAUCUGCCCAUACCUUGACGAUAACCCUUGUUUGUUCGCGCAUCUUUUGUAACUGCGAUCUUCACUCUGCAUUUUCUACAAGCUCUGAUUGGCUAGACUGGCCUCUACAAACUCUUUUCAUCCCUGCGCGACGAGUUAGUCAAUCAUGUCCCCACGCUCCAAGUCGAUUUGGCUGGCGUUGUUGGCUGCGAAUAGUUUCGCAUAUGCUAGCGAGGAACCGCCUGCUGUAACCACAGCGCCUAUUUAUCUGCCCUAUUACGACGAAGACUCGUGGGCUGUUGUGCGCGGUAGCAUCAUCUCAAGCGAUGUGGAAGCUAAGGAAACAACGUACACAAUAUUCUGCCCAGAUACAGACGACUCAGAUCCUCCAAAGUGUGAUUUAUCCCUUGAGUUUCCCUUCGUUUUAGUCGAGGGACCCGAUACUGUACGCUUUCAUGGCACGCACACCUCAAGACUCACCGCUAAUCUGGAGUGCAACCUAAAAGGCACAACAAGGGCUACUUGUUCCGGAUACUCUAGUUUCAACGAGGGCUAUAACGAUGGCGUGCAUACAGGUCCGACGGAAGUGACAUGGACAUCAACUUAUUCCGGGAGCGAAGUAGAAUGGGGCGUCCUAACAAUGGCCGAACUGCCCCAUGACCCGGACCCUGUUACUGCAGAUUCGAGUACACCGACGGACUUUGUGUCCAUGCCGAUAGCUACAAACGGUGAUAAUGCUGGAGCAAGUUUGAGCGUCUCCUUCAAGGCUGCUUUACUUGCUGCUUGUUGCACUUUGGUGGUUGGUUGGACUUUUUGAGAACUGGACCAUUUCCUGAUGAGAAUACGAUUUAUGAUGGGUUUCAGGAGCAAGCGAGCAAUUUUCUUCGUUGAAUUUCGAUCAUGUUAAUACAGCAUGCUCUCUUAUUAGCUAAGAUUAGCCAAAAAAUGAAACUUGACGGACCAGAGUUGUAUUGUUUUAAUACGAGCCUAAGGUCUGUUGGGCAACGGUGUCGGAUUUGUGUUUCCAUAUUACCCUGUAACCGAUGGUAGAUGCUGGUUCACGCAUACCUGGGUGUUCCAGCAUAAGUCUAUUCGACAAAACGACACCGGGGAUCAUUACACGACAAGACCGAAAUAUGGCAAAUACUCAGCAAGGGUGAGACAUAUGGCGAGGACGACUGUCUAUUACUAUAGCAAGUGGUCUCCUGCAUUUGUGAAAAGACAUUUACAGGAAGCGCGUCAGGUGAAUUAAAGCUGCUCCUUCGAGAUGUUAUCAUCAGGCAAGGGCCAGGUUCAACUACGGAGAGUUGAGCUUCAACCUUCAGCGGAAUCGGGUGUGGAGAUAAUAAGUCAGAGCUCCCCAAACGGAAGAGAAGAGUUCUGCAGAUGCUCUCAGGACCGGACAUACCCCACUUUUCCGGCCCGGGAAUACCGGCCGGACCGUGACGCGUGCCGAAAUACAAUAUUCGCAUGUUGUCAUAAGUACUCUUGGUAAUUCUGCUUGAGUGAAGCUCAUUGAUGACUAUUGGAACAAAACCUUCGAGUGGAAAGUUGUUGAUGUGGUUGAACUUUGUGUGUCUCAGCUGGUGUGGACAAGCCGGCUGUGGUCAGUAUCAGCAUAACCUUUUUUCAAGGAAAGACCCUUGCGUCUGAAGAAGAACAUCAAAGAAGAAGUGACCGAAGAAGCCAGAAGACUCAUUCCCAGUAGCUUCCAGCCAGUAAUGCUAUCAAAAUUUCGGAGUGCCAGCCAC